UCGAGCAGCGUGCACGUGCUACCUGAACGAACGAACGAAACGAACGAAACGAAACGAACGAAAGAAGAAACGAACGGUGAUCUUAAGAUCAAGCAAGCAAGAUCUACACGUUGUCCUUUUAUCAUCCCCCCAUCAUCAACCCAUUUCAUUCCAAUCAAUUCCCACCACGAUCCCCACUCGUUUCGAUCCGAAUUCUCGGUGACAAUAUCAAAUGAAUUUGUGUUACGAAUUUGAAUCGUGUAUUUUAAAGAAACUUGGCCCUUUCCAAUUCAUUAUAUAAUUUUCAUUUUCAUUGACAAAUUUUCUCUAAUACAAGAAAAAACAGUGUCUCGGAAAACAGUAAGGAGCCUCGGUUUGUGGUUUGUUGCUUUUUUUUGUUCUCUGUUUACGUUGAAAAUUUGUCAAGGAUAGAGAGGGAAAAAGAAGUUUGAUUUCGGGUCGACCAAUAGUGUCACUUGGGAUACUCGUGUGAAUUUGAGAUUCUAUGUCUUUUGACAUUAAUUGAGAAUUAAUAUGAUCAGAUGUAUUGAAUGAACGAAUACGAAGCCGACUGUAUCCGCGAGGAAGGAUCGGCAUCUAAUCGGGAUCAGGAUGCGGUGGAUCGGUUACGUGGCCACAAUUCUCUGGUGGUCGGGCAUCGCCAGGUCUCUCAGCACGCUGAAUCGAGGUCACAGCUACAAGAUCAGUCCGAAGCCUUGCAAAGUGCCCGGUCCAGGUGGCCACGAAGGUACUUGCAUGUUCGUCUGGGAGUGUAUCAAAUCGGAAGGCACGCACGUAGGUGUGUGCGUCGACACAUUCAUGUUCGGUAGCUGUUGCGUACACAAUUCUACGGUUAACUCGAUAGUCUCCCAAGGACAUCAGUUGCAUCAACAGGAACAAGAUCAUCGUCACGAGGAACAAGGAGAUCUGCAACAACAACAACAACAACAUCAUCAUCAUCACCAUCAUCAUCUUCAUCAUGAGUCGAAUACUCUCAGGCCAGUACUAACGGAAGUACUGGGAAGUGAAACGACUAGGUUUACCUUGACCUCUCAUACCAACUUCCCGGUCUCGAGUACUUCCAGGCCGAGUGCAGUUCAUCAGCAGUCAUCUUCUCACACUGGACUACACGCUUCACCGAGACCAUUUAAAACACCUUCGAGUAACGUUGCUCGACCUUUGCAAAAGAGACCCCAUGCAAAACCAACGUCCGAACAUACUGACAGAUUUCAGACUUCCGUUCUACCGGCUGGAUCCUCUUCUUCUUCAUCUUCUUCUUCUUCUUCUUCUUCUUCUUCUUCUUCUUAUUGGGCCGACAAUUCUCAGGGUACCAAAAAACCAAACUUCCAUGAAUCACAGUUGCCUCAACAAAAGAUCAGGCCAGAUGUCAACGCGGAGGAUAAAGUUGAUCUGCAAUUUCAAGGACACCCAAAUUAUCAGGGCUUUAAGGAUAAAGUGGGAAGUUCGCCGAAUACACUCGUGAUACGCUUACCUGGAAAGGAACAUGCGUCGAACGAUGGACAAUCGAAGAGGCCUAACUGGCCGAACAACCAAAGACCCUCGGAGUCGAGACCAGAUGACGACAAGGUUGAGGAUGCUGAUCUCAGCGUGCAGGAAACGAUACAUCGACCGUACGUCAAUUCUGUUAAUGAAAAUGAACCCAUGAAAAAUCAGCAUUCCAAUAUAAAUCUCAUACACACCGAACGACCGCAAUGGGCCACAAAACCAGCUACCCUGAAACCAUUGACGGAUUUCUCCAAGCCGUAUUUCUCAAUCAAGACUACAACAUUUCGACCAGUUUCUUUGAGCAGUCAAACCGAUGCGAGACCAAGCUUCGUUCUGAAACCCAAUAACUCGGACGUGUCCCUAAAAACAACCACAUCACCAAGACCUACGUACUUCAACAGUCAACCAACCAGCGCAGCCGGAUCCGUACCACAAACCUCUCACUGGCAAGUUACCACAGAGCCGGCGUUUGUAACGAAGCAAAGACCUUCGUCAUCGUCUUCGUCCACCUCGUCGUUGUCCUCAACCUCAUCCUCGUCCUCCUUCUCCCCCGCCUCCACCUCCACCACCUCGUCAACCUUCUCUUCAUCGGCAAAACCGUCAACCACGUUUGAAACUACCAGACCUUUCGGUGCUAGCUCUUAUUUUUGGUCGGAAAACAGCUGGACUCCACCCAGGCCGUCAUUGAAACCACACUGGACCGAUAAUCCUAGUUUGAUGCAAAACGGACCCGAGAGUUUUCCUCAUCAAGCGAAUUUCAAACCUACCGAAUCACAAGAAAAUACCGAAUACCACAAACCCGUGGGUUCGGCGCACUACAUAACAACGUCCCACUUUGAGACCUCAACGAGAACGAGACCGACGAAGAAGACCACAACGUCGACCACUAGCACGACAACAACGACUACCACUAGUACAACAACUACUACUACAACUACCAGUACAACUACGACUACUACGGAAAAACCAUCUACUACGACUGCAACUACGUCUACUACAAAGUCUACGGAAUCGAUGUUAAAAUCAACAACUCCGGAGGCCAUUACGAAGACAGGAACGAUGAUGACGGUAUCAGCGGUAGCUGACAAUAAGGGCACGCAAUGCGGUGUCCCUCCGCUUUUUCCACUUCCCGAAACCAGGAUCGUCGGUGGCAAGGAUGCACCGUUCGGUCGAUGGCCUUGGCAGGUGUCGGUUAGGCGUACGUCCUUCUUCGGUUUUUCAAGUACUCAUCGUUGCGGCGGUGCGGUACUCAAUGAAAAUUGGAUCGCUACUGCGGGUCAUUGUGUCGACGACUUGCUGACAUCACAAAUUCGAAUACGUGUCGGGGAAUAUGAUUUCUCAUCGGUCCAGGAACGUUUGCCCUACGUCGAACGUGGAGUUGCCAAGAAAGUGGUUCACCCGAAAUACAAUUUCUUUACUUACGAGUACGAUCUUGCAUUGGUCAGAUUGGAAAGUUCAUUGACCUUCGCACCCCACAUAUCGCCAAUAUGCCUGCCAGCUACCGACGAUCUUCUUAUAGGAGAAAACGCGACCGUCACUGGAUGGGGAAGAUUGAGCGAAGGUGGAACCUUACCUUCCGUGCUUCAAGAGGUUUCUGUGCCGAUCGUUAGCAACGACAGGUGUAAGUCGAUGUUCCUCAGGGCGGGCAGACACGAAUUUAUACCGGACAUAUUCUUGUGUGCCGGUUACGAAACUGGAGGACAGGAUUCUUGUCAGGGCGACUCGGGUGGUCCUCUUCAAGUACGCGGAAAAGAUGGUAGAUAUUUUCUAGCUGGAAUAAUAUCUUGGGGUAUAGGAUGUGCCGAAGCCAACUUACCAGGCGUAUGUACGAGAAUAUCCAAGUUCGUACCUUGGAUAUUGAAAAACGUGACAUGACGUCUCGGGCUUAUUUAUACGGACGUCGAUUUAUUUUGUUUUUUAUUUCAAAGACAAAUCUUCGUCAACGGUUCCUAAUCGUCGAUGCGUCGAUAAAUGAUGAUGAUAAUGAUGAUGAUGAUGAUGAUGAUGAUGAUGCUCGCGAAAUGCAAAUAUCAAUUAACACGUUAUCCUUUCUAUCGUGGUAGGCGGGGAUAGGGGGGGGGGGAGGAUAUUGAGCAAAAAACAUGUCACUCAUCUUAUUACAUUGAAAAAGAAAGAAAAUGUUAUUGAUUUUGCUAUUAGGAAAUCGUUUAUAUUCGUAUACGAAAAAAAUGUUGUUUAAAGGAUAAAACAUCAUCAUGAGAAAAAUGUACGUCGUUGCACGUUGCACAAGAUGAUCGAGUUUUAUCAAUGAUCGUGUCGUUGUUUUUUUAUGACGUUGUCCUUUUAAUUGAAAAUGACAAGAAAGUAAAAUACGAGCUGCAAGUUCGGUGUCAGGAACGAAAGGAACGUCCCCGCGCUUUAUUCGCGCUCGUGAUAGAACUGUAUUUAUACGAUUAAGAUGAUAAUAUAUUUUUUAGACGAUAAGAAAUAAAAUAAUUAAACGUGUCCUGUGUUAAACGAAUCAUCGAACAAACGAAUGGAUUCAAAACUUUUCGCGUACGAUAGAAAAAUAUGAUAAUAUUUGUAAUCUUUGUAAGAAAAUUAA